AUGUUUACUGGUUUGGUUGAGACGAUCGGAACUGUCACGGCCCUGGAGCCCCUCGAUACCUCGUCGAGCGGGGGCGGGGGCACGUCGCUGACCAUCUCCGAUUGCAAGGAGAUUCUCACUGAUGCGCACUUGGGUGACAGUAUUGCUGUCAAUGGAACCUGCCUCACCGUCACGGCCUUCGACAAGACCUGGUUCAAGGUGGGCGUCGCACCGGAGACCCUGCGACGCACAAACCUUGGAUCCCUCCAGACCGGCUCGAGUGUGAACCUCGAGCGUGCAGUUUCAGCGGAUACACGAAUGGGAGGUCACUUCGUGCAGGGCCAUGUCGAUACCGUCGCGAAGAUUUUGUCCGUGACGCCCGACGGCAACUCGCUUGUGUUCCGGCUGCAGCCGCGGGAUAAGGAUGUGCUGCGCUACAUCGUUGAGAAGGGCUACGUUACCCUGGAUGGCGCCAGCUUGACGGUUACAAAGGUGGUCGAUGGGGAGGAUGGAUACUGGGAGGUCAUGCUCAUUGCCUACACGCAGGAGAAGGUCGUCACGGCGGGCAAGAAACCUGGCGAGGAGGUCAAUGUUGAAAUCGACAUUGUGGGCAAAUACGUCGAGAAGAGUGUCCAGGGAUAUUUUGCCGAACCACCAUAA